CCAGCCGUCAGUUUGUGAAUUUGACAUGUUCUAGUGAGUUAGCUGAUUUCGCUAGUUUAGUCUAGAAAAAUGCAACAAAUAAACUUCCAGCUAACACAAUACUUAUUAGCGGCCGUAUUUUUUAGUCCUAUCCUAGCGGAAUGGAAUACCCGGGACUACGUGAGACGAGAGCAUUCCCUCACAAAACCUUACCAAGGGAGUGGAAUGUCGGUGCCGUACUGGGACUUCUUAGGUAGCACGAUAGUGACGACAAAUUACGUUCGCCUGACCCCCGAUUUGCAAUCCAAGUCUGGCGCUAUUUGGAACACCCAGCCAUGCUACACUCGAAACUGGGAGCUCCAAGUACAAUUCAAAAUCCACGGACGAGGCAAAGACCUUUUCGGAGACGGUCUUGCCCUGUGGUACGUCAAAGAUCGGAUGACGUACGGACCUGUCUUCGGUAGUAAGGACUACUAUACUGGCUUGGCUAUUAUACUGGAUACUUAUAGCAAUCACAAUGGAGCUCAUAAUCACCAACACCCUUACAUCUCAGCAACUGUGAACAAUGGCAGUCUGCACUAUGACCACGAUCGUGAUGGCACACACACACAACUCGCCGGCUGCGAAGCGAAGUUCAGGAACUAUAACCACGACACGCAUCUCAGCAUUGUCUACAAGGACGACACUCUUAUUGUAUCGACCGACCUAGAAGGCAAGAACGCAUGGAAAGAAUGCCUCAGAGUGGAGAACGUUCUUCUACCGACCGGGUAUUACUUCGGCGCUUCGGCGACCACUGGCGAUCUGAGCGACAACCACGACAUCAUCGCUAUUAAGAUGUACGAACUGGAUCUGUUGGACACUCAAAAUAAAGACGAAGACCGCUCCCACAUCAUCCCAUCAGCUCAGUCCUUCGAAGCGCCCCGUGAGCACAUAGACGACCCGAAACCCGCCAUGUCAGGCGUCAAAACCUUCCUCUGGAUGAUGUGUAUUGCCAUAGUCGUCAUUGUCUGUGUCGUUCUCGGUAUCAUGUGGUACCAGAAGCGACAGGAACAUUCUAGAAAACGGUUGUAUUGAACCUUUGCACGAUUCCACCCGAAGCCCGCCAUGUCUGGUGACCUUCCUCUGGUGAUGUGUAUCGUCAUUGUAUGCGUGGUCCUCGGUAUCAUGUGGUACCAGAAUCGACAGGAACGUUCUAGAAAACGCCUGUAUUGAAGAGCGUAUGUCGAUUCAAUGGUCAGUUUAGAAGUGUUAAACUUGAAGCUUAGCGUUUUCCCAUUAUCCGAUCCGAUAUCGGAUGUCGGACCGAUAUCCCAUACCUACAUUACAGGCGCCAUAUUGGAUUUUUUCCAUUGAAAUCCUUCCGACAUCCGAUAUCGGAUCGGAUAAUGUGAAAACGGACUAAGGCAGAUGGCGCUGAAGUGAUGUUCCAAGUGACAGGUAUACAUUUCAAAAUAAAGAGGUACCUUCUUCUCCAAACGGUGCCGAGUGCCCAAGAAAAACAUGUUAUGUUUAUUCUCUAUCUUGAAACACCUAAUAACUAAUACUGGCAUUUGGAGGUUUUACUCUAAAGCGCCCUCUGUCGUGAGCUUAGCUUAGCUUCAGUUUUACACCCAAGUUAAUUUUGGCAAGCUGUUUUUUUUAACCUAUGACUUGUCUUCUAUUUGUGACAUGUAAGGCGCUUGCCAAAGUUAUUUCUCGACGUAUUUAUUUCUAUGUCCUACAUGUAGACUAUUAAUACACAUUUUUAUUUUAUUUUUAAUGAAAAUAAAUUUAGAAAUUAUUAGUUCUUGCAUCAUUCAAUCUGUGCUACAAUGUAUUUUAGUUUUAACUAAAAUAUAACAUCGUCAAAAUGUUAUUUUAUAUUUUUUGUUAUCAAAAUUCAUUGUCAUUGUCAUAAUAUAAACCGCAAGCAAUGAAGUAUAUUUUUCCUGAUAUAUUUUUAUAUGAAAUAUAGUUUGAGGUGAGGGAGUGAACCUUAUAAAGAUAAGAUUUGUGUAAACCAAUGUUAUUUUAGUUCUUUACAACUUUUUAAUAUAAACUUCAUGUAUAACAUUAAUUAUUAUGGCGCACCAUAAGCAGCUUUAUUUAUAUUCAUUGCGUCCACAUAAGCAAAGACAUUUUAAAAUUGUGGGUGAAUUUAUAUACCGUUUAUUAUGACCGCCACAAAUAAUUUACAUAACACGCUAAAACAUUUUUUUUAUGUGCAUACUUCCGGUUCGAGCACCAUCUGAGUGAUAUCGCCUGGUAAAUAAUUCCUUUUUCAUUUGCUCAUUAAUAUUGUUUAAAGUGUAAUACGCAGUAAACUAAUGUAGUAGUGGGAAACUGAUGAAGAAUUAAUUUCGAAUCGCGUUUAGCCACUUUUUUGUCGUCAACGGCCGGUAGUCCACGUGCUCUUGUAAAGUUUGGCUAUCAAUUUACAAGUGCUAAUUCACCGUACACUGUCGUACUUACCGUACCACAAUCACUAAUUAAUAUUAGCUCAUAUCACCUUGACACUGGCGAAAUAGUUCCAAUGGACUGAAGCCAUUUAAUUUUAAAAACUAACUACUAAGCUUCAAAUAGUCUUAUCAUAUUUGUGUCUGCUAUAGAAGACGGUGGCGGUCAAAGGCUAAAUUGCAUUAUUUUGUUGUAGAUCAACAUAAAUAAUUUAUUGCUAAUAAUGUGUAGGUUAUACGAGCUUUUUAACCAAUGAUUUAGCCUUGGUUAGUUGGCUCUAAAAUUUGGCUGAUGCCAUUAAAAAUUAAAUUUAUAAAUGACCUGGAAAACAUUCCUUAUUUAUUUUGAAAUUAUUUUCCUCCCCUUGGGCUAUGACUAUAAUAAAAACAAACAUAUUGUGCCUUUCAAAAAUAUUAUAUUUUAAUAUAGUUCGGAUAUAAUCUCUUUCUAUAAAUUACAAUAUAUUUGGUUAUGCUAAUUUAGAUUUUGGAAUACACAACAACGAAUUAUAAACAGAAAGAUGUUGUUUUUUAACUGGUUGCAUCAAAACGAAAUCAUUUAUUACUUAAUUGGAAAUGUAUAAAUAAAAAAAAAUGUUAAAUAAUAUGGCACAAUGAUGAAUUUAGUUUCUCAUAAAAGUCAAGCAAUAAUAACAUAUCUCAAUACAACCCUUGUGUCGCCUCUGACACAUAUAUGUGACUGGUAAUAUUAUUUAUUUAGUGAUUUAGUAUAUCAGUUUUGCUCUCCUGUGUCAAAUUUGAUUUGAAAUGCAUAUUGUACAUUAUUUUAGUUGUAUUGUUCUUCUUCUUAUAUCACAUUAUUAUUGAUUUAUGUAAAUAUAUAGCCUGAGCAACGGUGUAAGCCUUAUGUAUACUACUUUAACCCUUUUAAUCGUCGACGUGACGCGCGCGGAUACAGUUUAAUAUCAACCUUCUUGCAUUCUGAUAAUAUUUAAGGUCCCGCAACCCACGAUAAGCGUUCAAAGGGUUAAAAGACCUCUUUCUUAUACUUAUUAUGCCACACAAAUAUUACUCAGGCUAUUUUCUAAGUUAAGAAGUAACCAGUACAUGUAUCAUAAUAAAUACUUCAUUCGCCUAUGUAUAAAAUCUGCCCUUGAAACCGUAUUUCCCAUCGGUAUAUAUAACUUUAGUCAUUAGAAUAAAGAGUAAUAUAUUGAAGAAACAUCACUGCCGUUGAAAAAUUGACACAUAAUAUGUAAAACAAAAAUGACACUAAAUAUUGUUCCUAAAUUAAAUUUGACAUCACACUGCUUAGUUUUGAUGUUACAUGAUAAUUUAAAAAAAGAAACCUAUAACUGUGCACCUAUUUGUAACGUAGACAGAAAACAAGUUUAUAUAUAUUUCAGAGAAAAAGGAAAAAAUAUUUUUCACAGCAACUUAAGCCACGGUCAAGUGUUAACUAAGGUCACGAAACAUGUUACUUGUAAUGGGUAUGUGAAUUUCGGCAAUGAAUUUGUUAUCCUAAGGCUAAAAAUUGGAUUUUCAAUUUCAAUCAAAUUUCUCUGAUAGGUAUAAAGUUCUGUUUUUGCUAUCCCCGGGUAUGGGGCACGCACUGGACAGUCGACCAAUUGGAACCCCAGGCCACU